UGUCGUUUUGGGGGGCUGCUGUUUUUGUUGUGUGAUUGUGCCGGGAAAUCCUUUUCCGUAUCUUAUCCGAUUGUUAGCUGCAUUUAUUUAAUUCUUAAUAGCAGAUUAGAGUAUUCGCCAUGACAUACGGUAAAUUUCAUAGGUACUUUCUUAGAACAGUGGCCAGUCAAGGUGCUAUAUCGAUGAAUGAUGCUCAAGCAAUUGUGGAAAAAUUCAACGAAGGAGAAGAAACAUCAGUGCAUGAUGUAGUAAAGUCAAUCAAUGAUGAAAUUAGACCAUUUCAACAAGAGAUAAAAAUAACUAGCGAUGAGGUCACUAACGAGAAGAUUAUUGUUUUCCUCUCCCUUGGUUACGAUGAAGCAACCAAAGCCCAGAAUAUAUUUUCUGCAAAUGAAUUGGAAUAUUUCAGAGUUCUUCUCGAACAGAUUAUGACUACAGAAUCGAGACAGAUUACAGGAAUGAAUGCUAUUAAUUUAGCGAGUAGUAUGAAAUCGACUUUCACUAAAUCUGAUGCACAAAGAAUGCUGAACACUUGGCACAGGAUGAAGUACUUAGACAAGGACCAAAACAACUAUGCUCUAGGAGUGAGAGCAGUUCACGAGUUUGAAGGUUACAUUCGCCAAAACAUGCCAGAUACUGUUGAACAAUGUUGUCUGUGUAAACAGACUGUUUUUAGAGGCUACAACUGUCCAGCGUGUGCGUUAGCCAUUCACAACCGAUGUCUGAUGGGGUAUCUAGAAAAGAUACAAAAAUGGCCAUGCUGCAAGGUUGAUUUCGACCAAUCACAGCUUGAUCGACUCACUAGUGCUGGUUCCAGAUUAUCAUUGCUGUCGCAAGCAAACACAACACAAGAAACAGAGGUACACAAUACUGAGGUACAACCCACCCAAAUGCAGGAGUCAGAAAGUAUGGAAAUAACACAAGAAGUCAUUCCAGAGAUCUCACAAAGAGUGACUAGAAAGAGAAAGCGACAAAAUUGAAUAGUUCACUUACAUUUUAAUUUGGUAAGGUUAUUUUUUGUUCCGUAGUUUGGUAGUUUUGUUUGUUAUUAUUAUCCAACCACGGCAAUAAAAAUACUGUAGAUUGCUGGUACAAUUUUAAAGCCUGUAAGCUUCUUAUUUUAGUUUCCACUGUUUUAAUACAGUUCUAAGUUCUAAUUUUAGUUUUUGUAAUUGUAUUAGUUUUGUACUAGUAGUUUUUUAUUUGAAGUCGUUGUAUUUAAUUAUUGAUUUUUAAAUGUCUUCAAGAUUUACCAUUAAAAUAAAAUAGUAUUUUAUUUUGUUGUAUGUGACAAUAUAAUAUUUUAUUGUAUUGUCACAUACAUAUAUAAAGUAAAUUCUUAUUACACUAAGUUAAAGGACAAUUGAAAGAUUGUUUUUAUUACAUCAUCAUAACCAUGAUUGAACUACAAUUCGAUUUAGAUAAUUAAUUGAUUAAUGUCCACUUUAUAAUGCAAAUACUCUUUACACACAUUGUAUAAUUUUGUAAGGCAUGAUAUCUUAAUUUCUAUUGAAAAAGAGUCAAAGUAAAAGCUCUAUAAACCGAGAAUGAUUGAAUAAUUUAUCAUUCCAUUGAUUAUGCCUACCCCAUUGGGAGACAGAUGUGAUGGAUGUAGGUACGUUUAUAAUAUAUAUUCCAAGGACUUGCAAGUGAUUUUUAAGUAAAUAAGUAAUUAAAUAGUAUGUAUAUUCUACAUAUUAAAACUGUAUUAACGUUAUUUUUGUAAUUUAGUAAAAUAAACACACUAUUUUUCCAUAUAA